UCUGAAAGAUAAAGAAUGAUGACACGUAACAGAAAAUUUGGCGGUUGAGAAGCAACGACCAAAAUUUCACACAACUCACUCCUCUUCUAUGUUUCUGUGACUCUCCUUUUCUUCUUGUCGGAAAAAACAAACAAACGGUUACGAUGCCAGGUGUUGCCACCGUCUACUCCGGUCACCGGUUUCACUGUCUUCCUCUUCUAUCUCAUUCAACUCGUCCUCAACUCACUAAUUCAACUCGUUCUUCACUCGUUUCUGUUCAUCCUCAUUCCAUUUCUUGUUUUCACACAAAGCUUUUCUUCAAAUCCAAUAGGUUUAGUGUUACUCUAACAAAAGCUGCUGAUUCUUCAACCACCACAACUUCACAAUCUUCUGAUGUUCCUAAAGAUGGUCUUACACUUAUUCCUGAUGAUGAAAUCUCCAUUACUAAGAUUUCAUUUGGUGUGAUUGGACUAAGUCUUGGAGUCUCACUCUUGUCCUAUGGUUUUGGAGCAUACUUCAAUAUUCUUCCUGGAUCUGAAUGGUCAGCUAUAAUGUUAACAUAUGGUUUCCCUCUUGCUAUCAUUGGCAUGGCACUCAAGUAUGCAGAACUCAAGCCCGUGCCAUGCCUCACAUAUUCAGAUGCUUACAAAUUGCAGGAAAAAUGUGCAACUGAUAUUCUUAAACAGGUGAAGAGUGAUGUUACCAGAUAUCGCUACGGAGAUGAACAACAUCUAGAGGAGGCAUUGAAACGGAUUUUCCAGUAUGGUCUAGGAGCAGGGAUCCCUAGAAGAAGUGCACCUAUUCUACAAAUGAUUCGUGAAGAGGUCACACAAGAUGGGAAAUACUCUUUGGUCUUGGUUUUUGAGGCUAAGGCUCUGAAGUUGUCUGAUUUUGAACAAAGACAGGCUAAAUUUACAUCAUUCUUUGGGCCUGGAAUUACCGCAGAAGUUGGUAAGGGCGAAAAAGAUUUAUACGAGGUUCGACUUAUCUCGAAUACAGACCCGAAUGCAACGUCUUCAUGAAGUUAUUGACCAUUUUAUCCUCCUAUUCCAUGUUGCUUGACUUAGUUACUCACAGGACUUAGGUCCUAUGAAAUAUGUAUAAAAUUCAAAGGUAUAGAUUAUUUCGUCAUGUAUUAAAUUUUGACACAGAUUUAAAGAAAUAGAAAAAAACAUUUGAAUUGAAAA